AGUAUGGUUCUGUAAAGCUCACCCCCACCUGUCAUCUACCUCCAAAUAUAUCUUGUCAUCUUGAACCAGAGAGAUUUUUGCCUAACAAUCCCACGUUUACAUACAACUUUUACAUACACAUAACACCUCCCCUUCUCUCUCUACGUAAUUUAUCAAAAUUUAUUUAAUAAUUUAAGGGAAUUCCAUUUUCCUUUUUGAUAAAAAUUUCGGUUUAAAAAGGAGUGGAAUAAUCAAGAAAGAGAAACCAAGAGGAGAGAGGUUAGGGAGACAGAGGAUGCGCCUGAGCAUACCCUCUGUUUUCAUUUAUGUGUAUUCCUCUCAUUAAAUCUUCUUCGUUUUCAUCAAUUUAUUUCAUCUGCAAUCUGCUCGUUCCACAGGGAUCCGUGUGCUGAAUCCCGAUUGAUGAAUCAAGGAUCCAAUGAUUUCGUAAUAAAUCCAGCAUUUUCAACUCUGUAUUUUGAUCGGCUCCCGCUACUGGUUUCUAUCCGAUUUACAGGAUAAAGGAAUAUGGAGACGGAUCAAGGUAAACUUUUUGUUGGUGGGAUUUCAUGGGACACAAAUGAGGAACGCCUAAGAGAAUAUUUCGGGACUUACGGAGAGGUGGUGGAGGCAGUGAUCAUGAGGGACCGAACCACUGGACGGGCCCGCGGGUUCGGUUUCAUAGUCUUUGCCGACCCUGUGGUUGCAGAAAAAGUGGUCAAGGAGAAGCACAUGAUAGAUGGACGCACUGUGGAAGCCAAAAAGGCUGUCCCGAGAGACGACCACAACUUGACCAACAGAAACAGCAGCAGCAGCAGCAUCCACGGAUCGCCCGUUCCCGGACGGACAAAAAAGAUCUUCGUGGGAGGAUUAGCAUCCACAGUCACCGAGAGCGACUUCAAGAACUAUUUCACCCAGUUUGGGACCAUAACAGACGUCGUGGUCAUGUACGACCACAACACCCAGAGGCCGAGGGGCUUCGGAUUCAUAACCUACGACUCGGAGGACGCCGUCGACAGGGUGCUCCACAAGACCUUCCAUGAGCUCAACGGGAAAAUGGUCGAGGUGAAGCGAGCUGUCCCCAAGGAGCUCUCCCCCGGGCCCACCCGCGGCCCGCUCCUUGGGUACAACUACGGCUUCAGCAGGGGGAGUGGCUUCCUCGGAGGGUUGUACCCUCAAGGGUACAACCUGAGCUCGCUUGGCAGGUACAACCCGUUAGCCGAUGCACGGGCCGGGUUCUCCCAAUUCGGGUCGCCUGCCUAUGGGUUAGGCGUGAACAUGGAUCAGGGCCUGAAUCCCGGUUUUGGAGGGCGUGUGAUGAGCCCGUAUUUCAGCAGUACCCAGAGCAGGUACAACACUCCUAUUGGAUAUAACAGUACACACAACAGCAGCAGGGGUGGUGAGUCCUUCCUCAACUCUCAGUCGAGGAAUGUGUGGGGGAAUGGCGGGCUUGGUAAUAAUAAUGCAGUGAGUAAUUCUGGCUCGGGCUCGUAUUUUGGUUCGAGGAGUGGUGGAUUUGGGGUGUUUAGGAAUGCCAACUGGGGAACUUCUAAUAACAGUGGUGGGACUGUUGGUGGAGGCACCGUGGGUUAUAGAGGUGGUGGGGAGAAUAACUAUGCUUUUGGUUCGGGUGGGUCUGGGAGGAACAGUGGGAUGGGUGUGGGCUCUGUGUCGGCUUUUUCUGCAUCUGGCAGUGGGUAUGAGGGGUCUUAUGGGGAUUUUUACCGUGGGGGUUCUGUUUAUGGUGAUCCGACGUGGCAAACACCGUCUUCUGAGAUGGGUAAUUCGGGCUCGUUCGGUUAUGGUCUUCGGAAUUCGGAGGAUGUGGCCGUUAAAGAGUCUGAGGAUUUUGGAGUGGGGAAUUGCAACAUAGGAACUUGCAGUAUUCUGAGGAUAGCUAAUAGGGUCUUUUUUGGUGCAAAGUGUACAUGCUCAGUGAGAGCAGUUUCCAGGGAUUUUGCCGAAGAUUUCAAGGUUUCAUGGUGUAACUUAAGAUGUCUAAGGCGUUUGCUAUUCGGUGACUAUGGUUUUACCGCAAAAUCACCAAGAACGUGGUUCAGGAUAGUUGACCAACUUCCCAUGAAUGUUGGGGAUGAACACUAUGAUUCCACCGUACAGUACUUUUAUUUUGCUUUCUGCAAGUCGUACGGGCGAUUCAAAUCUAACCUCCCACUACCGCCCCUUCACUGCCACUCUAUCCCAAAGACUUCCACCUCCGCCCACACACCCAUCCCCGCCGUCGAUCGCCUAAUCUCCGCCGCGUCGUAUUUCCUCUUUUCAACAGCCUUCAGCACGGGCAAUUCCUCUUCGCGAGGUACACGAUUGUCGCCGCCCCAUUCGAGCUGCUCCUCCCACUCCUUUCUCUUGAUGGCCGACGAGGCCGAGAAGCUUUGUUAUGAGCUUGCGGAUGCAGAAAAGAGGGUCAUGGCCGUGGUUUCGGGUCUUAAUCUGGGUUCUGAAAUGAGAAACGAUUGA